AAUGUUCCCUGUGAAGUUGAUCGAUUUGUAAUUGUCUCCAUCUAGAUCGGAAUUCAAGGAUUUCUCGACUAACAUUAGUGAAAAUGAUUUGGAUUAUGAUACUUUCAAAUUAGAACAAGUACAUAAGCCUCCAUAGAUAAAGAAGAGUUCUUCUUAUCCUAGAAAUUAUGUACUAUAUUUGACACUAUAUUUUUAGUAUAAGUAGCAAUUAAUUGAAGAAAGCAACAUUGAAGGGGAUCAAAUCAUUUAGGAAUGCAAUCGCUUUGUUUAAGACUCUUAAGUUUCUGUCACUCAACUACUUUAAGAACUAGCUCUUGAAUAACCUAAUAAGAAUAGAUCCACCGGUUAUCUUAAGUUCUUCGAUGAAAAUAAAAAUUAUGGAUUUAUUGUUAUGGAUUAGGAUGGCUCAGACAUAUUCGUCUAUGCUGAUGAUCUCGCCAAAACAGGCAUUUCAAGAGACUAUUUAAGAACAGCUAAAUUCGGAAAUUACAUUAGGUAUUCUUCUUAUCUCAAAUAUAAGAUUUAAUUUUACAUGCAUGGAAUAUUAUGGUAAAUAUAACAAAUCAAGAAAAGCCAUCGAUUUGGAGUAUCAAAAGCCUAAUCCAUUCUUCCAAACAAUAUACUGAU